AGGAGGUCAGGCAUUCGGGUUCUCUUACCAUCUUUCUCCUCUCUGAGGUUUUUGGAUUAAUCUCUCUUCAUCUCCCAUUUUGUUCUCCUCUUUUCUACUCUUCUGGUCUGCUCUCACUCUCAAGGGAAUGCAGCAGGAUGUGGAGGAGGUCAAGCCCUGAACUCGGCGGUCGGCGGACGAAGCACGCCGGCCGGACGUGCCACCGGAAACACGUCGAGGACGGAUAGACCUCCCCCGACCAUUCUCUCCUUCACCCUUCCUUUCCUCUCUAAUCUUCAAAAUUAAGAAGAGAAUUCUAGAAGACGACUUCCUAAUGGAGGAGGUGUCCCCACCCACCGCUUCGUCGGAGGGCCGCGCCGUCCUCCACGGCCGCUACGAGCUCGGCCGCCUCCUCGGCCACGGCACCUUCGCGAAGGUCUACCUCGCUCGCAACCUCCGCACCGGAAAAGCCGUGGCGAUCAAGGUGUUCGGGAAGGAGAAGGUGAUUCAGGCGGGGAUGAUGGAGCAAGUGAAGCGAGAAAUAUCGUUGAUGAAGAUGGUCACCCACCCUAACAUCGUGGAGCUCCACGAGGUGAUGGCCACCCGCUCCAAGAUCUACUUCGCCAUGGAGCUCGUCCGCGGCGGCGAGCUCUUCACCCGCAUCGCCCGCGCCGGCCGCCUCAAGGAAGACAUCGCCCGCCACUACUUCCGCCAGCUCAUCUCCGCCAUCGACUUCUGCCACAGCCGCGGUGUCUACCACCGGGACCUCAAGCCCGAGAACCUCCUCCUCGACGAGCAGGGCAAUCUCAAGAUAGCUGAUUUCGGGCUCAGCGCCUUCGCCGACCAUGUGCGCCCCGAUGGCCUUCUCCACACGGCCUGCGGCACGCCGGCGUAUGUCGCCCCCGAGGUGUUCGGCAGAAAGGGGUAUGAUGGCGCCAAGGCCGACCUGUGGUCCUGCGGCGUGAUUCUCUAUGUGCUUCUUGCUGGAUUCUUGCCUUUCCAGGAUGACAAUCUUGUGACGAUGUACAGAAAGAUUUAUCGCGGAGAUUUCCGCUGCCCGCCGUGGUUCUCGUCCGACGCCCGACGGGUCGUCACCAAGCUGCUCGAUCCCAAUCCCAACACUAGAAUUACGGUUGCCAAGCUUGUUGAGAUGCCCUGGUUUAAGAAGUCGUCGCUUCGGAAAGAGGUGCCGCCGGCUUCGGUGGUGGUGGAGGAAAAGCGGGGGAAGAAGGAGGGGGAGGAGCCGGAGCGGCUGAAUGCUUUCCAUUUGAUAUCUUUCUCGCAAGGGUUCGACCUUUCGCCACUGUUUGUGGAUGGGGAAAGGAGGGAGGAAGGGAUGAGGUUUGUGACGAGGGAGCCGGCGAGUGGGGUGGUGGCGAGGCUGGAGGAGGUGGCGGCGAAGGCGACGGGGAGGCUGCGGGUGACCAAGAGCGGGGCAGCAGGGGUGAGGCUGGAAGGGGAGGAGAGGGGGGAGGAAGGGAGGCUUGCGGUGGCGGCGGACAUCUUCGCGGUGGCGCCGUCGGUGCUCGUGGUGGAUGUUAGGAAGGACGGUGGUGACACGGUCGAAUACCGGAGGUUCUGCAGCGACGAGCUGCGGCCUGCCCUCAGGGACAUCAUGUGGACGUCCUCCGACAGCCAGACCGCCGCCGCGUGAUGGGUAUCUGAAGCUAUUGUGUCCUCUGUGACUGUAAUUAUUGGUGUGUCUCUUCCAAAGUUCUAAUCUUUGGUCUACAAAUUAAGAAGAAAAAUAGAAAGGUGAGGAGGUAAUCUGUCUCAUAUCUGUUUCGAUCCAUGAGUCCAUUUGGUUUUGUGAUUGUUGAAGGCCUUGGGCCGGUCUUUUGGUGUUUCCUUCUUUGUGUAUUCUUGUUCCAUUCUCCAUUGAACUAGUUGAGAUAUGGAAUCAUGUGGUGUAUUCCUAAAGUUUCAUUGAAGUAUUUGAAGGGAAAUUUGCUUCUAUUUUC